UCAGCCAAAUACGUCCACAUAAGCACCAGUAGAUGGUCACCGGCAUUGACUAAUCGAUCAGUCCAUGAAUGUGAUCUAAGACCGGACAAUCACUAUUAAUCCUGACCGUGACGAUGCUUGACGAACGCGCCAUCUUCGAAGAAUUCAGGAGGGAUUUAGACGAUGCGAAUGACAGGAGAGAACGUCUGAUCAAGGCGAGCCGAGACGUCACAAACAUAUCGAAGAAAGCGAUCUUCCUGCUGUUUCGAAUCGUACUGGAAGAGACCUCUGAAGAUGAUGCUGCGCUAUCACGUCGCGCAGCAAAAAACGGGCACUCGAAGCUGGUGGAGGCACGAGCCCUCUUUGCGCAGAUGCGCCCAGAACUGGCAGGAGAUCGUUUCUGGCGACAUCAAAGACAAGUGUCACCUGGUCUGCAGGAAUACAUUGAAGCGCUCAGCUUUGCCCAUUAUCUCGAGCACCGUACGUUGAUCACCUUCGAGCAGGUGCAAGCGUCUCUUUGCGAUUCUGAGGGACCUUUCUUUCCUCUGACGACCUCGGAUUAUGUUCUCGGGCUGUCAGAUCUGACUGGGGAACUCAUGAGAUUCGCGAUCUCCAACUUGUCCCGUCGCGGCGGUAGAGCAAAAGCAAACGACGUCUGUGCGUUUGUCAGAGGAUGUAAAGCCGACUUUGAGCAAUUUGUACCACAUGUCAGAGAGCUUCGUAAGAAGCAGAGCGUUACUACAAACUCUCUGGAGAAGAUUGAAGCAGCUGCGUAUGCUGUCUCUGUUCGUAGCUCUGAAUACGAUCUUCCUUCCGAUGUGUUGGAUGAUCUGGUGGCUCAAGCCACACUGAAAUUCACGGGCAGAGAACGCCACGAACCAGAUGAUGAUAUGUAGAAUAUGUAAUGAUCUGUAUCCAAAUGCAACAACUAAUCACGCGAAAAUCUCCAGAUUCCCUCCGCUUGUUUCGAAUGCAACGAAGUAUCCCCUGCGCAGUUUUUGUGCCUCUACUGACAGCUCGUGGCCAUUUAUAGCGAAACGGGGUAGAGGCGAGUCCGGGUUUCUGUUGUGAAGCACGAGUCUGGUCUCGCCUGCGUCCAGAUGCAGCUCUAAUGCAGGUCGUUCGGCUAGUAAGGGAGUUCGCUCGUCGAUAGGUUGUACCUCAGGUGUUCGAUUACGAAAGAAGAGACCCCAUAGGCGGGCGAUCAGCGUCUGGAUGUGCCGCCUCAGCGCACUCCAAAUCGACGACAUGGGUCGCGGGCGGAACGCAAGAGCUAGAAAUGACUCUGUACCAGACUUCAUGGGCGGUGGGCUCGGUGGAGGUUUCACAACAGUUGUGACGAAAGCAAUUUGCCAGCCCGGCUGGCCUAAUUGAUAUCCCGGCAAAAGCAGCAAAUGACCAGCAGAGCAUCCGCUCGACAGCAUCACCUCUGUCUCGGAGCGACCGACAAAACGAACGAC